AUGUGGAACCAAGUGUCGCAUGCAUCACAUUAUAGAGCGUUAUCAUUAUCGGUGACGAUAGCCUGUUUUAUUCGUACGGGAAUCAAUUUGGACAAGAUUGAUAUACGUCGACCUGAUUUGAUUUGUCUAAAGGAAUUCGAUGACUUAACUCAAGCUGGUUCAGUUUAUGUUGUUGUACAUAAACCGAAAAAAGAAGGCUCAUCUACAGAAACUGAUUUCAUUGCUACUCAUUACGAUCUUUAUGUGGUCAGUUCAAUUAACCACACAACGUAUGUGGAUUCUGUGUUUAAAAUUCGUAAAUGGGAUCACUACUCAUUAAUAAGAAAAGUUGGGCAAAUACCUCUAAUUAAUAUUCAAAUAUAUCGCAUGCCGAAUCGUUUUGCACAAGAAGUUGAACAUCAACUGAUAUCUGAAGUCCAUGAUCGAAUAUGUGCAUUAAAUAAAAGCGACAAGUGGUCAUCUACUUUAAGCUGUCAAAUGUUUACACAUCAUUGUGCGGAAUAUUUUCGAUUCAAAUUUCCUCAGGACAUUAAAAUCAUUAGUGAUUGUAUGCCAACUAUGAUGAAUUUAUAUUUAAAUGGUUCAUUAUUAACAAAUAAAGCAAUUGCAAAAUCAAAUGAAACAUCAUCAUUUUAA